UCACUAUUUGGUUGCGGGUAAUAAAUAUAUAUAUAUAUAUGGUCUUAUAUAUUUAUAUAUAUAUAUAUUUAAAUGUUCUAUAUUAAUGAAAGCCAGACUAAUGUCGUGAUUGAUUUGCCUCGCCGUUCGCUUUAAAGCGUAAAUUCGCGCACGCUCGAGUCUGAUUAACUUGGUUUUUUCGCAGUUCUGCCGAUUUGCGCUUCGGCUUUUUUCGGCUGCUUUACAAACUAGCACUUAAACUUGAGGAAUAGCUUCGUGGCUAGCUCACUAGCCCUCUCUUCUGCUCGCAAGCUUUUUAUACUUAGGAAUUUCGGAUUUAAAAAGAUAUUAAUACGUAACGUAAUGUGAAGAGCUUAGUGAAAGUUUCGCUAAGUGUCAAAACUACUUGUGACUCGUUUAUACGAGCGGCUGUUAAACCUGUCGGAGCUCAACUUACUUCAGCAAUAAACAGUUAGGGGAGUUUGUUAAACCGUGUCCUAUGAUCAAACCUUACAACUUCUAACAGAAUGCGACUGAUUAGGGACCACUUGAAAUAAUCCCCGCUCAGUUAUCAGGCGGCUUUAAAUUGGACCGAGCACUUUUAGCGUGCGGCCUGCUGGUCAGGCUUUCGCCGCGUUAAAUUGAAAGCACACGCCGCUGUGCAGCGCGCUCAGUCCGGCUCCCUGCUUCUAACAUACUCCGGUCUACCAACGAGCCAUGGAGAGAAUGGAAGUGGACCAGUGCGCAGGCGCAGCUGGAGGGAACGGUGGAGGGGCUUUACGGAGGUCCAACAGCGCCCCUAUGAUCACGAAUGUAAGUGACGGAAUGACAGUGUUCAGCUCAAACACUUCGGCCCGGUAUCGUCGGAGCAGUGUGUCUGUAAACCCAAGCUGCCCCUCUAGAACCCUGCCUUUUUCUCCGUUCUCCUUGUGCAGCGAGAGACCAGAUCACAGACGGCAGAUGGAGAAUAUGGAACUCACUCUUAGAGGGAGUUUACAGAGACAAAGUGCCUCAGCUACAAUCCCCUCACCUCCUGGAACUCAUUGGCAUGGGCAUCUAUCACCAGAUUUCCAUUCCCAAGAUUCUGGAGUCACUCCAAAUUCUUCCCCCAGUCCAACAAGAAGGUUCAGGGGGGGGUCAGUGAGUUCAUCUGUGAGAUGGCCAGUGGUUGCACCUUUAAAAAGAAAAGGUGGAGUAGAAUCCGAUGGUCCGCCUAAAAAGCUCUUUGUUGCUGGCGUUACAGGUCCUGCCCACAUAACUAAUUGUACUGUCAGUGUUUCCCAGUCAGUGGACUCUCCCCCAAGCACUGUACCUAUAUGCCCAAGCCCUCAGAACAUCGCUCUCUCGCUUUCUCCUCCCUCACCGUUUACAUCCCAACACCCAGGCAUAUAAACCACAGUAAGGACGUUUCUGCCUUUGCACUCACCACUUCCUGGGCUCUGUUCAGAACCAUCAGAUUUCCAUCUCACUACCUGGUGCUUUAAGGAAUGUAUUCACUUUCACAUUAUUUGCUGAAAAAAUCUUUUUGAGGGAACUAUUGAAAAAGAUUUUACGUCAUAUGAGUGAAGAUGGAAAAUGUCUCAAUCCCAGGAAUGGUGCAGUACAGCCCAGUAUCAUCUGAUUUAUAAGUAGUUCAGUUGCACCAGGGCAAAGGUUUUCUUUCAUUUACACUCAGCAAUCAUGAUCAUGAUGGUGUUUUUGUCCCCCUGGCUUUAGUUUUCAGCAGGUUUAGAACACGUACAUCUCCUCUCACCCACAACGUACAAGGUCUUCCAAUAAGUAUUUUUUUAAUCAUAAUCAACAGACUCUCAUUAGAUUAGUAGACUGUUUAGACCACAAUUGUGUUCCUGUAUCAUAUGUUUUACAUCAUAGUUUUAAAGGGUCAUUUAUGUUUAUUUCAUUUCAUUUUUGUUAUAUAUUCCUUUUGAUGAAGCAAACCUAGGAUAAUUUGCACCAUAUAACAGGCACAUGUUUUUACUAGCAAAAAAUGUUGCCAUAUUUAUUUUCAGGCCGCAUUUGUUUUGCAAAAGCACCCACGUGACCCUGACGAACACAAAUGAAGCUACACAAGCUGACUGACUAAUGUAUUACAUGUCAAAAAAAAAGACAUGGUUAAAUUUGCUAGAUAAUCUUUCAUAUUUCCUCCGCGCAGUGUUAGACGUUAUUAUGCAAGUCUAAAUUGCAUUACAUAAGUGGGAACAUAUUUCAAUGUUUUUUGGAAGAGUUAUUGUAUUU